CCAUUUAAGAGUAUAAAAUGAAUCAGUAGGAAAGGGAUUAACAGACGACGAAGAGAGAAGUCAAUGCAAGUCCAAGUCAUAUCUUUGUCUACGAACCGAAGCCACGAGAAUAUCUCUCACAAUGAAGACCAUCGCGCUCCUGUUGUGUGUGUCUGUCUUUGCGACAGUCAUACUGGCCUCGGAACAGCAGCUUAGGGAAGAGGGGGAGGUAAACAAACGGGGUUGGAAAGACGCGCUUGCUGGAGGGGCCGCUGUUGCGUUAUUUGGGAGAAAGAGACACGCACGGGGGGAAGUAAGCAAACGGGGCUGGAAAGACGUGCUUGCUGGAGGGGCCGCUGUUGCGUUAUUUGGCAGAAAGAGACACGCAAGGGACCUGCAAGACACACGUCGCUGGCCGUUUGGAAAGAGAGACGCAUCU